UGUAAACUCUCUCUUGGUUUUGUCUCAAUGGGAACGAGGAGUUAUUUGGCAAUGAGGAGUGAGCAAGAGGCAACUGAUCUCAUCGCUUCCGAUUUCAAAGAUGUAAUCUUUGCAGCCAAGAAGCUUACCAAUCAUGCCAUCAAACUGGCUUCCUGGGGAUUUGGGACUACAUUUCUCCAAUGGAUCGCUUCCUUUGCUGCCAUGUACUUACUGUUGAUAUUGGACCGGACAAACUGGAAAACUAAUAUACUUACAGCACUGUUGAUCCCAUACAUCUUCUUGAGUCUUCCUUCCUUACUGUUCAACAUCUUGAGAGGAGAAGUUGGAAAAUGGAUUGCUUUUGUUGCUGUCGUUUUGCACUUGUUCUUCCCUAGACGUUUCCCAGAUUGGCUUGAACUUCCGGGCGCUUUGAUAGUGCUAAUAGUGGUGGCGCCGAGCUUGUUUUCCAGCACUAUAAGGAACGGGUGGAUCGGUGUGGUGAUAUGCCUAGCAAUUGCUUGUUACCUGCUUCAAGAGCACACCAGGGCAUCUGGUGGGUUCCGAAAUUCGUUCACCAAAGCCAAUGGAAUAUCAAACACAAUUGGCAUUAUUGUUAUCUUGAUUUACCCUGCUUGGGCUUUGCUCACUGAUAUCCUAUAAGAUUCAGUGCCCACCUUGUGCUUCUUUCUUUUUGGUUUGUUAAAUGUACUUUUUGAUAUUUGAACUCGGUUUUAAUGUGUAAUUCGGUGUCUAAGUGUUUUCUUUUUGCUCUA